GUUGUGAUUGCUGUGGUGGGGUGAAGGGACGUAUCCCAUUGAGCCACCCUACUACUUAGCAAUAAUUCACAGCACUCAGUGAUAUCGUGGAAAUGGAGCUUCAUGAUGUCUUGGAAGCAUUUAGAUUCCACUGGUUACUCUUUGCAUUUGUUCCUAUCCUGCUCCUAGUGACGUCGCCCGUUCGUGGCGCACACGAAAUACCGGUCUUCAGGCUUCAGCAAUUCGAUCUGUCAGGUUCUUCAUUCGGAAGCCGUUCAUCCAUGCUGAGUCUGGAGGCAGCCACUCAGCUCUCGUCUACGCCGUCGCGUCAGUGUCUUAUAGUACGACUUGGAAAGCUGACGCUAGAGUCCGUGCAGAACAUCCUGGCGAAGGGCCCGGGUGGACUGCUGAUACUGAUGCCAGAAGCACUCCAUCAGAUAACCAAGGAGCACCGUGAGACUCUGCAGUCGGUGGAGCAGUACCUGAUGUCCGAGUCCUUCGGCAUGCCCAUCUUCUUCGCCGUGGAGACGCCAGAAGCGGCCGAGAUGUACGCGUCCAUCGAGCACGGCAGCGCUUCCGCCGCCUCCCGCUCGGCCACCGAAGCGCUGCUGGCCUCCGUCCUGUCCACGGGCUUCCAGCUGGAGGCGGCCGGGCCCCAGAGCGCCCCGCUGGCCGCCGCCCAGCAGCACAACGUCGAGGGCCGGCUGCACGGCAUCGGCGUGGAGGAGCAGCUGCCCACCGUGCUGCUGGUGGCCCACUACGACGCCAUGGCCGCCGCGCCGGAGCUUUCGAUGGGCGCCGACUCGAACGGCUCGGGCGUGACGAUGCUGCUGGAGCUGUCGCGUCUGCUCAGCAAGCUGUACCGCAGCCGCAGCACGCACCCACGGCUCAACCUGGUGCUGCUGCUGACGGCGGCCGGCAAGCUGAACUACGCCGGCAGCCGGCACUGGCUGGACGAGCACGGCGACAGCCUGGAGACGGCCGCCUCGCAGGGCGUGCAGUUCGUGCUGUGCCUGGACAGCCUGGCGCAAGGCGACUCGCUCAGCCUGCACGUGUCGAAGCCGCCGAAGCCGGACAGCUCGGGCGACAAAUUCUUCCAGGCGCUGCGCUCAGCCGCCGCUGACGUUGCGCCCGGCCUGAACGUCAGCAUGGUGCACAAGAAGAUCAACCUGGGCGACCGCACGCUCGCCUGGGAGCACGAGCAGUUCAGCAUGCGCCGACUGCCGGCCUUCACACUCUCGCACUACCAGGCCGCCUGGGACCCGUCGCUGCGCUCGCUGCUCGACACGCGGCCGGCGCUGGACGAGGCGCGGCUGGUGCGCAACACGCGCGUGGUGGCUGAGGCGCUGGCGCGCGUCAUGUUCGACCUGCGCGCGCCGCCGCACGCCGCCGCGCCGCCGCUCCUCUUCACUGACGAGAUGGCCGUCUCGGAAGAGGCGGUGCGCGGCUGGCUUGACUACCUGACGUCGGUACCACGGCCGGCCCAGCUGCUCACCGACGCCUCCCAUCACGUGGUGGCCAGUCUCAAGGCCGCCCUACAGAGGGACCUGCACGACGUGCGCGUGUCGUCGCUGAGCGCCGACCGUCGCCAGCCCGACUGGGUGCUGUACGACGCCACGCGCGGGCAGGUGACCGCCUACCAGGUGAAGCCGGCCGUGUUCGACCUGGCCGCCACGGCCGCCAUCGCUGCCUACCUCGGCCUCGUCUACCUGGCCGUGCAGAACUUCCACCAGCUGUACGCCAUGGCGCAGAAGAUCUCGCCAGUGUUCAAGGUGCGCGUCGAGUGAGCGGAGAGGCUGGAGCGCGAGGCGGGGCUGGUAGCCACCGGCGGGGCCGGCUUUGGCCGCAGGUCACUCGGGGCCCCGCCGGCCUCCCCCCCCCCCCCCCCCGACGGCGACGGUGCCACCGUCCGCCGGUUUGCAUACUCUGUGUGUAGCGUGUGGUGAGUGGCGUGUGUGGUGCGUGCCUUCGUCGUAGCCGGCCCGCGCGGGAGCGGCGUCCGCCGGUCGGCCGCCCGCAACUCGGCCGGCCCCCGCCGGCACCGAGCUGCUCGCGGAGUCACGUGUCAGGUAUCUCGCAAUCGACUGAGAUGACAGACUGUCAUUUUAUAACCUAAAUGCAAUACAUAGCGGACGCGGUGCA